GCUUCACGUGGGCCCAAAAAAACCAAAAAGAUAUGUAAAAGAAUUUGUCAGCAUUAAAGGAAAGAAACGGUCAAAGCUCACAACACAAACCGCCUCACACACUCGAUAAAUCCCGCGUCCGCAGCUCCAAACUCGCGGGUCUGACCUGCGACCUUCACGAUGUGUUGCUGCCACUGCCUACCCGCAGUAGCCUAGGCCCGCGCCCGCAGCAGCCCACACACCCCUACAAACGGACUGAAGCAGCAAGGUUCGUGUUUCUUGAUGCGUAGAGGUUCAUGAUUGUGAUAUUAAGCAAGCUGAUUUCAAAAUCACAAUUGCAAGGAAAGAGGGGUGGUACAGCAGAAGUGCAGGCACUAGUCUAUUGGAAAAACUCCUUGUCUGAUCCUUACUCGCUCAAAUCAUGGAGACUUUCCGAUGCCCAAAGUCUUUGCAGCAACUGGACUGGCAUUGUCUGUGACAACCUUAACUCUGUCACCAACAUUGACCUCAACGAUCAAAGCCUCAGCGGCACACUCAGCAGCCUUGACUUCAGUGCAUUUCCUAGUCUUUCAAGCUUAUCCCUGAAUAUCAACCAGCUGCAGGGUCAAAUCCCACCAAGCAUUGGUAAUCUUUCUCAACUUACUCACUUAGACCUCAACAGUAACUUGUUUGUAGGUGUUAUACCUGCUGAAAUCGGUCACUUAUUACAGCUCGAGUAUCUUGACCUGUAUAAUAAUGAUAUAGCUGAUGCAGUUCCUGUUGAACUUAGUAAAUUGUUGAGGUUAAGUUACUUAGAUAUUGGAUCAAAUAAGUUUAGCAGUCCUGAUUGGUCAAAGUUUGCUACGUUGCAUUCGUUGACCCACUUGAAUUUUGGAUACAAUAAUUUUAAUGGAGAGUUUCCAAGUUUCAUAUCUAGCUGUAGGAACCUGACUUACCUCAAUCUCUCAAAUAAUAAAUUUAGUGGGGUGAUCCCAGAAUCAUUUUAUACUAGUCUUCCUAAGCUUGAGUUCCUUGAUCUUAGUUAUAAUUCGUUUUGGGGGCAUAUCUCAGCUAAUAUAUUCAAGCUUUCUAGCCUAACUAAACUUCAUCUCAGCUCAAAUCAUAUUAAUGGUUCCAUCCCUGAGAGCAUUGGCUCAAUUUCUAGCCUCAAAGUUGUCGAGUUGUUCACUAAUGCACUAACUGGGAGGAUUCCUUCUUCGAUAGGCCAGCUUAAGAACCUCAAUAGUCUUGAUCUUCGUUGGAAUGGAUUGAAUUCUAUGAUUCCUUCUGAGCUUGGUUUGUGUAUGAACCUUACUUAUCUGUCUCUUGCUGGGAAUUCUCUCAUUGGAGAAUUACCUUUGACCUUGUCGAAUCUUGGAAAUCUAUCAGAGCUUGUCGUGUCUCAAAAUCAUCUGUCUGGGAAGCUCUCCCCAUAUUUCUUCACUAAUUGGACUAAAUUGACUUACUGUCACUUCAAGACAAUAAGUUCAGUGGGAUUAUACCCCAAGAGAUUGAGAAUAUGAAAGCUUUGGAAAAGCUUGACCUCUCAACAAACCAACUGUCCGGUCCAAUCCCUCCUAGUAUUGGAAAACUUGGCAAUCUUUCUGUCCUUAAUCUUUUCUCCAACAGGCUCAAUGGAACAAUACCGUCAGAGAUUGGAGAUCUCACAUUCUUGACUGACCUUGUUCUGUAUUCCAACCAUCUCCAUGGGGAGUUGCCUGAUUCCUUGGUUCGUCUUAAAAACCUAUCUACAUUCUCAGUCUUCUCAAACAAACUUUCAGGGAAAAUAUUAGCCGAGCUUGGGAAGUUGCAGUAUAUGCAGGAUCUAAAUCUUGCCUCAAAUGAGUUAAGUGGGAAAAUCCCUGAUGAACUAGGGGACUAAA